UUUUUUUUUUCGACUUGCUCCGUCGUGCAUUUCGUCGGUCCAACAAAGUCCAGCCAGCAACAUGUGGAACUCCCCGAAGGUCGGAAUUCUUGGUGGAGGCCAAUUGGGCCGUAUGAUGGUCGAGGCCGCCAACCGACUCAACAUUCAAUGCAAUGUCCUCGAUGCGGAGAACUCCCCGGCCAAGCAGAUCAGCUCCCACGACGACCACGUUACCGGCUCCUUCAAGGAGCGCGAAGCCGUCCGCGAAUUGGCCAAGUCCUGCGACGUGGUGACCGCUGAGAUCGAACAUGUCGAUACCUACGCUCUUGAGGAGAUCGCUUCCCAGGUCAAGAUUGAGCCCAGCUGGCAGGCAAUCCGCACGAUUCAGAACAAGUUCGACCAGAAGGAGCACCUCAGACAAUAUGGCAUCCCCAUGGCCGACCACCGCGAGCUUACUGAGAACACACCGGAGGAACUGGCUAAGGUGGGCGAGCAGUUGGGUUACCCUCUGAUGCUCAAGUCGAAGACUAUGGCUUAUGAUGGACGCGGAAACUUCCAUGUGCGCACGAAAGAGGACAUCCCCGAAGCUCUGGAAGCUCUCAAGGGCCGACCUUUGUAUGCCGAGAAAUGGGCUUAUUUCAAGAUGGAACUUGCCGUCAUGGUUGUCAAGACCAAGGACAACGUCCUCUCCUAUCCCACCGUUGAAACCGUUCAAGAAGACUCGGUCUGCAAGCUCGUGUACGCCCCCGCCCGCAACGUCUCCGAUGCGAUCAAUGAGAAGGCCCAAGAACUGGCCCGCAAGGCCGUCGCCGCGUUCGACGGCAAGGGUGCCUUCGGUGUCGAGAUGUUCCUCUUGGAGGACGACAGCCUUCUCCUGUGCGAGAUUGCCAGCCGCAUCCACAACUCGGGUCACUACACCAUUGAAGGAUGCGCCAUGUCGCAAUUCGAAGCCCACCUGCGCGCGAUCCUCGACCUCCCCAUUCCUCCCAAGAGCCUCGAGCUCCGCCAGCCCUCCAUCAUGCUCAACAUCAUCGGCGGCGCCGCCCCGGAUACCCACCUCACCGCCGCCGAGCACGCUCUCUCCAUCCCCAACGCCAACAUCCACCUCUACAGCAAGGGCGCCGCCAAACCCGGCCGCAAGAUGGGCCACAUCACCGUGACCGCCGCUACCAUGCACGAAGCCGAGACCCACAUCCAGCCGCUCAUCGAGGUCGUCGACCAGAUCCGCGCCCAGCGCAGCGACGUCAAGACCAAGCCGCAGUCCUCCGGGCCCUCCAAGCCCGCCCCCUCGGUCGCCGUGAUCAUGGGCUCCGACAGUGACCUCAAGACCCUUGUCCCCGGUCUCAAGCUCCUGCGCGACUACUUUGGCAUCGAGCCCGCUGUAGACAUCACCUCCGCCCACCGCACCCCCACCUUCAUGGCCGAGUACUCCGCCGGCGCCGCGGCCCGCGGAAUCAAGGUCAUCAUCGCCGCCGCCGGUGGUGCCGCCCACCUCCCCGGCAUGGCUGCCGCGCACACCGCUCUCCCCGUCAUCGGUGUACCCGUCAAGGGUAGCUCGUUGGAUGGUGUGGAUAGUCUGUAUAGCAUUGUGCAGAUGCCUCGAGGCGUCCCCGUCGCCACCGUCGGCAUCAACAACAGCAUCAACGCGGCUCUGCUGGCCGCUCGCAUCCUCGGUGCCUUUGACCCGACCAUCCAGAAGAAGGUCGAGGCCUACGCCGAGAGUGCUCGCGCCGAGAACAUGGAGUUGAAGGGUACGAAACUGCAGGAGCUGGGCUGGGAAAGGUACUUUGAGCAGAUGUAAAAUCUUUUGUAUUUGGUGCUUGAAACUUUCUCGCUCUCUCUUUUUAAUGGUUAUGAUCGGAUACGGUACGGGUAAAUAAAAGAUAGAUAGGGGAGGAUGGGAGAUAAGUUGUUCAAUGCCAUUCUGGCUUAUGAUCUCAACCAGUUGCUCCAAAGGAUUUCAAGGUAAAGAGGCGGGUGUACAGGACAGUACAGUAGUAACUGCAUCGUUGGAUAUACGGG